GGCAUCAAAGUUAAGAAUAACUCUGCACUUUUAAGCGACCAAAUACCAAUGCUCUUCUCUCUUUAACCACUUGUAACAUUACCAACUUCUGGCUGCUAAAACCUCCCAUUUAAAAAACCAUCUUGAUCUCAAGACUGAAUCCAAGUUGUUUAUUAAAAAGAAAAAAAUGUCCGACGCUCUUAUCAGCUCCACAAUUCAGGUCACCUUGGAAAGGGCACUGUCUCUUGCCUCUGAUAGGAUUGGUUUGCUAGUUGGGUUCAAGAAGGAUGUGGCCAGCAUGACACUAUCUCUUGGUUUUAUCAAAGAUGUCCUGGUUGAUGCUGAGGGAAGGCAAAACCAAAGCAGCGGAGUGCAACGAUGGUUGAGAUGUCUGGACGAGGUGGCUUAUGAUGCUCAGAAUGUGUUGGAUGAGCUCCACUAUGAAUCUCUUCGUCACCAAGUGGAGUCCCGAAACCGGCACAAGCUAAAGGUAUGCUGCUUCUUCUCCUUCUGUAACAUUAAUCUUGCUUUUCGUUGGAGAAUGGCUUCUAAGGUCAGGGACAUCAAAUUUAAGUUGAAUGAGAUAAAUCAAGAAGCCAACAGAUUGGGGCUGGUCAGUAGGUUAGUGAUGACAGCUGCCCUCCCUGCUGCUGUUGGAGACACAAGAAGUCGGCAGACCGACUCUGUUGUUGCUCCAAUGAUUGGAAGAACUGAUGAUGAAUCAAAGAUAGUGAAGAUGCUGUUGAGCCCGUCUGAGAAGGUUGUUUCUUGUCUUCCCAUAACUGGUAUGGGUGGUCUAGGCAAAACAACUUUGGCUAAAUCGAUAUACAACAACAAGCAAAUUGAUGCACACUUUAACAAAAAGAUUUGGGUUUGUGUAUCGAAAAAAGUUCCAAUAGAGGAGCUUUUCAAACUCAUAUUAGUGCAUUUGACGAAAGAAAAGGUUGAAGUGGAUGUUAGAGACGUCAUCGUUGAAAAAAUUCAGAAUCAACUUGGGGGAAAAAGAUAUCUCCUAGUCCUUGAUGAUGUGUGGGAUGAUAAUCAGGCAUUGUGGGAUGACUUUUUCACCACCUUGAAGGGGCUCAAUCCAACCAAUGGAAGCUGGUGUCUGGUCACUACUCGUCUAGGUCCAGUGGCACACAGUGUGUCUAGAGUUUUGAGGAUGAUGGAAAAUGAACCCUAUCCAUUAGGAAAACUACCUGAUGAUCAUUGUUGGUCUAUCGUAAAAGAAAAAGUAGUUGGAGGGGAAGAAGAACUUGAUGAACUAAAAGCAAUUAAAAAGAGAGUAAUCAAAAGAUGUGAUGGUCUACCAUUGGCUGCAAGUGUAAUCGGAGGCCUAUUAUCUUUAAAGAGAAAAGAGGAGUGGCAAUCAAUUUUGGAGAAUAGGCUUUUGAGUUGGAGUGCAGGUGGAGAUCAUGUGAAGGAAAUACUUGAGUUUAGUUUUGAUAAUUUGCCAUCUCCAUACAUUAAGAAAUGUUUUGCAUAUUGUUCUAUAUUUCCUAAGGAUAUUGAGAUGAAAGGAGAUAUGCUAAUCGAACUUUGGAUGGCAGAAGGUUUCCUCCAAGUAGACAUCAAUAGCCAAAUGAUGAUGGAGGAAAUUGGAAUGAAUUAUCUGAGAAUUUUAUUGCAGAGUUCAUUGUUUGAAGAAAGAAUUUAUCAGUCGAUAACAUAUUAUGUGAUGCAUGAUUUGGUGCACGACCUUGCAGGGUCAAUGUCAAAGUCUACCAAAGUCAUUAAUAAUGGAGAUACACAUAUCGUAGACAGUGGUAAUCAGAUUCGUUACCUUGCAAUAGACUCAUCUGGUGGCAGAGAAGACAGAGAAAAACUUCUGGAGAGUCUAUCAACUUCAAUUCAUACAUUGUUCAUCGUAAAUGGUGACUUAUCUGGCGAUAUGUUAAUGAAGUUGAAGAACUUGUAUGUCUUGAGUUUGUCUCGUGCAACAACUCAAGAGCUACCAGUCUCAAUUGGCAAAUUGAUACAUUUGCGGUAUUUUAACAUUGAGUUUUCUGCAAUUAGUAUUUUGCCAAACUGUAUUUGCAAGCUUUAUAAGUUGCAGACAUUGACCCUAACCAAAGCUGUUAAAGAUCUUCCGAAGGGGAUGUGCAAUUUGAUUAGCUUGAGACAUCUCUAUUAUUAUAAUGAUGAUGAAGAAUUUCAAAUGCCGCUAGGGAUGGGACGACUGACUUGCCUCCAGACACUAGAGUUCUUUAAAGUGGGCCUAGAGAAGGGUCGACGAAUUGGAGUGCUUGGAAGCUUGAAGAACCUCAAAGGCAAAUUAAGUAUACACAAUCUUCAUCUAGUAAAUGAUAAGGAAGGAGCUGAAGAAGCAAAUCUAUCUGAAAAGGCAAAUCUAUUUAGUUUCCGACUUGUGUGGGCCUGGCCUUGGUAUCGAGAAGACGACAACCACAAUGACAAAGAUGUGUUGGACGGCCUUCGACCCCACCCAAAUUUGAAGGAGUUGGUAAUUGAGAAUUUUAUGGGUGAGCAAUUUCCCCGAUGGUUAAUGGAAUUGCCAACAGCAACAACACUCCCCAAAUCAGCAACAACACUCCCCAAGUUAGCGCGUUUGAAAUUUAAAUGCUGCAACAGAUGCAGAGAACUCCAUCCCCUGCAAAACUUUACAUCUCUUAAAGAGCUAGUGAUUAAAAUUUGCUAUGGGUUGACAAAUCUGCCAGGUGUUAUGCUACACUCUUGUACUUCUCUCCAGAAGCUUCGGGUGAUUGGUUGCAACAAUCUUAUCUCCUUUCCGCUUGAUUUGCAACAAACACCUUCUCUCUUGAAGCUGGAAUUAUUCAAGUGUCCCAAACUGAAAACAAGCAUGACGCCCAAAGGAUUUGGUUUCCUAACCGGAUUAAGGCAGCUUACAAUUGGUCCCUUCUCAGAUGAUGAUGAUGAUCAUGAAAAUUCUUCACUUUAUAAUGAAUUUGAUUGGUCUGGAUUGAUAUCCUCCUCCUCCUCUUCAUCAUCCGCACCCUGUCAACUAAGAUUAUAUGGGUUGCCACACAUGGAGUCCCUGCCACAUCAGAUCCAAUACUUGACGACUCUCACAACACUAACGCUAGAUGGCUUUGGAGGUAUAAAAGCUCUGCCAGAUUGGUUUGGAAACUUGGCGGCUCUUGAAGACCUGUAUUUACGGAAUUUCAAAGAGCUUCGACAAUUACCCUCUGAGGAUGCCAUGAGAAGUCUCACCAAACUAAAACGUUUGUGGGUUUUACAUUCUCCUCUGCUAAAAGAAAGAUGCACUCCUGAGAGCAGCGGCCCCGACUCCCAGUGGUCCAAAGUUUCUCACAUUCAAGACCUAGACAUAAUCCAUUUUUAACCACUCAUCUUUAGAUCAAAUUCAAUCAUGAUUGAUAGAAGAAUAGCUUUACGAACAGAGGUCAGAAUUUUGAAGCUUUUCAGCACCGUCUAGUUUUGGCCUGCAUUUCCUACAAAUAGUCUAUCAACGUUUAGAACAACUAGCAGUCUUGUUUUGUUUAUUUUACGUGAUCUGCUUCUGUGGAUUUUAAGUUAUUAAUGCUAAAAUCAUCUCACUCUAUUUAAAACAGUGAUUUUAAGGGGACUGAACUUUUACCUCUUGAUAAUGAACUUGCAUACUUAUCUGAACUAUUUGACUAGUAAUUGCUCCAUCAGAGUCAUAUAUGAUGGUUUUCUGGCUCACUUCUCCUUGAUUUUGGCUUUUUAGCCAUGAAGACAAUGGUCAAUUGAGGAGUUUUCACAGCUGUUGGUCAUCACUUUCAUGUUUUGGUUUAAAAAUUCUGGUAAUUUUAGAUAUGCUUCUCUUCUUUCACUGCUCAGUUUUGACUUUUAACCACUUUAAUAUCUAAUAUAUUACAUAUAAAACAGAAGAAAUCUUGUCGUCGUGAAGAUAUUUUUGAGGUAUCCAAGGAAGGUGUGUACUGUUUGAGCAAUGAAGUUGUAUCUUCCAACAUUCAACUCUAUGUGCAAUGGUCUGAAGCAUUCUAGUAGUUAGUCAAGUUUGCUUGUUGUGAAUUGCUGCUCUUAAUGAAUCCACCUUGAUAGAGGCUUUUAAGCUCUCUCUGCUUUUAUGCUUGUUGGUUGCUUCCUUUUUUAAUGGUAAGUUUCUCCUUUUGGGGCUUUAGUUACAAUGACAGAAAACCUGCAAUUAUCUGAAAAUUUCCAUUAGCUUUAUUCUAUGCUAUUCGCCGGCUUGAGUUUGAAUUUUUGUGCUUUGCAGUGAUUUUAGACCCAAAACUCAACAGGGAACCUCAUCAAUGACUCUUACUUACUGUCAGAUAAUUUAUAAUGCCAAUAAUCUUCUUCCACUUCUUAAUAUUGGGUUUUAAGAAGUUUAAUAUCCAAUGAAUAAAUUAAAACCUUUAAAAAAUUGUCAUGUUUAAGACUUUUUCAAGCAGCAGAGACUUGGUGGACUAUCCUCUUCUGAAGUUUAAGUUAAAAUGCCAUGAUUUGAGAUUUUAAGAGUCAGAGUUGUAAUUAGCUCUACUCAUUGCAUCUUGCUGUCUCAAAGAGUUUGCCUUCAUGACAAUUCUGGAGCUCUCUGCCUUUUGUGCUUGUGGGUGCUGCUCAUUAUCAUUAUUGUUAUAGAACUUCUCAUUUUCAGUGUUUUGAACAAAAACUAAUAUAGUUUCUAUGGCACUUCUGGUACUUAUAGAUUGAGCAGAAAGAUUUGAUAUCUUCCCACUGAUUUAGGUUAGAAAAGCUAUCUAAAUAAUUGACUAAACAAAAAUGUCAUGCAAUUUCCAGUUAAUUUUUCGUUUGCAUUUCCUAAAAGUUACCCAUCAAUAUGAAAUAAGCACUAAGAGUUUCGUUUUGUUGAUUUCAUAUAUCUACUUUUGUGGAUGUAAGAUGUGAUUGCUAAAGUGAUCAGCUCUCUAACUUAUGAUUCUAGAGGGGGUAAAUAAUUGCUCCAGAGUUUAAUCACCUCUUGAAGGUGCAUUUAUCAAGCUUCUUGAACCAUUUGAUUAGUGAUUUGUUCGAUAAUUCUCAUAGAUGAUGGUUGUGUCUCACUUUUCCUUGGUUAUGAUUUUCUAGUAGUAAAGAUUUCAGGAGUUUUCAGAACUGUUGUUCAUCAAAUUGGUGUUUCGUUCUUCAAAUUGGUGUUUCGUUCUAAGAGUACGCCACGGAAGUUGUACCAUUCAUGCAGCAAAGCUGGACAUACUUGUUAGAGUAUCUUCUGACACAAUCAAGUCUACGCUGCAAGUUUUGAAGCAUAUCGCUGUGGUUAGUCAAGACUGCUACUUGUUGGCUGCUGCUACUUGCUGAAAUUAUUUCAUCCGCUCAUUCUGCCACGUAUACUUGCUGGUUGCUCCUGUCUUCAUGUGAUUUUGCACUCAAAGAUCAACAUUAACCCUGAUAGCUCUUACUUACUAUCCUUGGUACUUUUAAUAUGAUCCCUUGCUGAUCAAGAUCCUGUUUCAGUCAGAUCAGAUGAAAACAUCGGGGAUGGAAUUCCCUUUUGCUCCCUGUCUCGGAUGGCCAAAGCCUAAGAUCUUCCCUGUUGGCAUGGUUCUUUUAAACUAUCAUAUCCAACCUAUUCAGCAAUUUGUAGAAUGUUAAUGAGGUGCUAUUUUACUUCUUUUUGGAACUCAAUUUGCCAUAUCUUCCUUACUGCUCGUAGUUCCAAGUAGCCGGUAUUUUGCAACAGAAAGAUGUGGAUUAGCUGAACCCUGAUAGCUGCUUGCAUCCUUCUCGAAGUUGUAUCUUAGCUCUAUAACAGGCAACAUAUUUUUUCUCAGUGUUCUGCAGUUGACUACAAGUUGUGCCUAAUGAUACUUUUCCAUUGCUCCUUGUAUCUGUAAAUCUCAGACUGGACUCAGAGCACAAAGAAUCAAUCAGCUUGAGCCCUUCUAUUUAUGUUAAUCAGAGGGCAAUUUAGAAAACUGAAUUGCUAAGGCACCAAUUUCUAUUCAAGAAAGGAUCCCACUUGGUGGAUGGGAACGUUGGAGAGAUGAAAUUAUGGAAAUCAAUUGAACAGGAUUAUAUGGUCAACCUUAGUUCAUCA